AUGUAUUGUAAUGUAACUCUGCAGUCUGGUCUAGUACUCCCGCUGGGAUCCAUCGCAGGGCCCAUCAGGUAUCAUAUCACCCUUCUGACUUUCCCUUCCCUUAUAUUUUUCUAUGCAAACCCAUAUUUCCACAUAUAUCUUUCAUUUCUUUCCAACUAUUUACCUGACUCCUACUUCUCCUUUGCCGCAGACCGCAAAUUCAAUGGUUAUCAGAUCGGUGCAUUCCCAGAAAUACGCUUGACAGCGCCAUCCCCAGCCCCGACUUCCGUCUAG